GCGGUUACCCAAAUGAGAAAACAAGGCUUCCACCAAAAUGGCGGUCUUUGAUGUGAUUCUGAACGAUAAAAUUACUGACCUAAAAGACUUACUUCAGGCCGAUCCGAAAUGUGCCAACUCUGUAGGGUGGCAUGGUCUAACACCACUUCAUCACGCUGCACUAAGAAAUAAAGAAGAAUUAGUAGAUUUACUUCUGCAGUAUGGAGCUGACAUCGACCGACCAAACGCUUACAGGGAGACACCGCUACACCUCGCUUGUCAAGCUGCCUCUUUAAAACUUGUCCACAAGUUUCUAGAGAUCGGUGCAGACUUGAGAGCUGAGGACAGUGCUGGGAGAACAUGCAUUCAUCAUGCUGCCAAAAGUGGAUCUGUAUUGAAGUUGCAUUACUUGACAGCCUGUGGUUUGAGUUUAAAGAAAAGAGAUAACAGAGGUCUUACUGCACUUCAUGUAGCUGCAGAGAACAGUCAGGUUGAAGCCAUAGAAUAUCUACUUCGUCAUCAGAGGUUUCCAACUGAUGUGCGAGACAAUGGAAAUUCUACACCCCUUCACUUAGCUGCCAAGCAUGCUCACUGUGAAGUUGCAUGGAUUUUGGAGAGCAAAAGCACAUUAUCAAUGAUCAAUGAACCAGAUGUGAUGGGGAAAACUCCUGUGGACUAUGCUAGUGAUCUAGAAACUCCAAGACACCUCUGGCUGAAGAGACACUUGAAGUACUGGCAAGCCAGUCGCUGCCCUCGCAGUCGUCCACCCAAUCCCUGGAUGCCAUGGCUCCUACUUCUCCUGUCGCCCUCUUGUGGAAUAUUUCUUAUUGCCUUUUUUUUCUAUCAGCUCUCACAGCUGUUUGCAGUAUUGUCAACACUGGCAAUCACAAUUUUUUUUAAUAUCUGGUCAUUCUCCAAACACAGAUUGCAACACAUCUCAGCUCUUCCAAGUCCUGCUCUGGCAGGGUUUUUCUUUGGGUCCAUACUACAAAGCCUCCUCUGCUAUUUUUCUUAUAUUAUGCCACAACUGUGGCCUGAUUUUCUUUGGACUUUGCUCUCAGUUCUUCUUUUAGCAGUCACUUUUGUAUCAUUGAGGAAUUUAUAUUCUAACCCUGGUGUUGUGGAGUCCAAUAGAAUAUCAGACAAUGGAGAAUCAAUGAGCAUUCUUGAUGUAGCCAAAGGAGUCUUACCAGAGAGUCAAUUUUGCACCGUUUGCGAGAUUGUGAUGCCUGAAUUUACAAAACAUUGCAAACUGUGCGAAGUAUGUAUAGAGAGUUUGGAUCACCACUGUCUAUUCCUCAUGAACUGUGUGGCAAGGAACAACCACAGAGCGUUUGUGUGCUUUAUCAUUGAAAUAUUAGUGGCCAAUGCUCUGUUUGUGAGGGCAACAACUUCGUAUUUUAACUUAAAAGUGUUUAUGGGAGAGGCAUCGUCAUUCGGGGAGGCUAUGGGCCAUGAUGUCUAUGUUUCAGUUCUCUUUAUUCUCAAUUGCCUCGGAUUGUUCUAUGUAUUUUUCUUAACAUUUUUCCAGUUCAAGGUUAUUACUGACGGUGGUACAACGUAUUACUCAUCAGAUGGUAGCACACUUCACAGAACGUGGAAAGAACUUUGGGGUUUCAAAGGUGUCUCGUGGACUCGAAGGAUGAAGAUCUUUCUUCAAUUCCUUCUAGGGGAAUACUCUUUUUACAAGAAAAUGAAAACGAAAAAGGCACAGAGACUUGUAUAGUUGUUGUAUCCUAGUUUCUUGGAACAGAGGAGAUUUCGAGACCAAGACGUUGGUAUGGAGACGUAAGGGCCGGGUUCUCGGACGGUAGAACUCAACUAACCAGAACGAAGGCGAAUUUAAACAUAUAUCCAUGAGAGAUGUUGAGGAUUCCUCCGUAUACACACUAUUUUCCUCAGCAGCGUGCGCAUGUUACCAGUCAGUUUAAUGAAAGUUCCCAUUGCGUUCGACAAUGACGUUGGUAACAAUCUAGGUGACCACAAGAACGGAUAGAAUUUCUGUAGCGUACUCAAACCAACAAAUUUAAUUCCAGUGUUUUCGCUAUUUUCAUAAACAAAUCAUAAAGAUAUAUAUGUUAUUCACCAGCCGGGAGGUCCGUAUUGGGAAAAACUGUGCCCGAGGUCUUGGAUACCGCCC